CGGUGAGGGUCUCAAAGCAUUCUGUCUUCAUACUGCCCCACAAAGACUCCAGAUAAGCCCAAAUCCCUACAUUUCAGUAUGUUUAGCUCAAAUGAGAACUAACAUGUCGGCGAAGUAAAACGAAAAGGGAAGGAAAAUAAAGUGGUGAAGGAUAAAGUGGAGAAAGUGUUUGUCUGGAAGUAGGUUAGCCUAGUGCCGCGCUGUUGCUGUUAGCAUGCAGCCAGCCAGCCUCUCUCAGCCUGGACCGUCACACUGGAAACUCUGAACUGUUUGGGCUUCAGAGCUGACCGAGGAGGACGUUUCUCCUGUUUCUCCUGGAACAAACUGGACAGCAACAGUGCAUCAUCCACUCGCCUGUUUAGGGGACAAAAAUAUGUAGAAAUGGAUUUUAUGAAACUGAUCGGAGCCGUUCUGGCCGUUUGUUAUCAUCCAGGCUGCGCGUUAAGAGGAUUCGCUAGUCAGAGGAUUUGCCGCCGGGGCACUGAGAAGCCUUGCUAUAAGAUUUCACACCACCAGGACAGUCGGUUCAGGGUGGGCUUUGAGGAGGCCCGGCGGACGUGCAGGGACGAUGAUGGAGAGCUGCUCAGCAUAGAGACGGAAAACGAGCAGAGGCUGAUCGAGAAGUUCAUACAGAACUUGCAUGUCAGUGAUGGGGAUUUCUGGAUUGGGCUGCAGAGGAAUCAGGGCUCAGGAGCUGGAGACUGCUCUUCACAGUAUUACUGGCUGGAUCAUAGCCAGAGCACCUUCAGGAACUGGCUCUGGAAUGAGCCCUCGUGUGGUAAUAAGCAUUGUGUGGCGCUGUACCACAGGCCCUCCACUAAGAACCGCUACAUGUUUAAGUGGAGUGAUUCCAACUGCAAUACCAAGAACAACUUCAUAUGCAAGUACUCAGAAGAAAAGUCUCUGGUUCCUACUCCUGCAGGAAAUUCCACUGCUCUCACAGAUAUACCAAAGACUACUCUGAAAACAAAACAGCAGCCUGUCACGUUGGAUUAUGAAAAAAUAAAAACAGGAUUCUCCGAAUCAUCAGUGUCUCUUUCAGAUGACAUCAAUGUGUACUACAUCCUGCUGGCUACUGUGCCUGUACUGCUGCUGCUGAUAUUGGUGGUUUCAGGAGUUUUCUGCUACAGAGUCAUGACCAGGAAGAAGAAGGAGCAAAACGACAUCUACGCUGUGCCUGGACAGUGGGUAUCUGCUGGGGCCCUUAAAAACUGUAGCCACACUCCCACAGACAGCCCCAACCAGCAUGGGGCCCACCUGGAAUACAUGAGCUCAGAAAUCAGCAGAACAUUUAUUGUCAGGGGGCUCAGGAGCCGCUUUGAGGACUAUGAGAAUGUGCCAAGCAGUACGGCGGGAUUCGUCACUAACGACAUCUAUGAAGCCUGCCGCAGUCCAGCAGCCGUUGAGGCAGGAUGGGUGGAAAACGACAUCUAUGGGUACUGAGGAUACUAAAGCUGUGCAUUGAUGGGACCAAAGCUGUGUUACCACUUUUCAACCUGGCUGUGCCCUCCUGGAACUCGCAUCAGACCUUCUUUACUUCUGUUCUUGCUCCUGACUCUAAUAUGCCCUACAGUGACGGACACAGUGGUCAUGUGAAGGGGCGUCGUUUUCGGUGGACAGUAGGCCCAGGUCUCCAAAACCCAGUACAAAGAAGAGGUGUCAUCGCCUCGUAGCUUCCUCUGUGGACACCAGUGUCCGGGAACAGGACAGUCAGUUCGGAAACUCUCACGAUAGUGCCCUGACCCUUCUGCUCAUCUGAACAAUGUCCAGUCCCGCCUCAGAGAGGGCCUUCUCCAACGGAUGCCCAUUGAAGUGCCUUUUGUUAUUCAAACUCUAAUGAUUCUGGAAUGGUCUCCAAGUGCAAAGGCAAAAACAGAGACAGUUUUGCUUAGCUGGGAUAUUCCGAACUGCUAAAGAAAUCCUGCUCACAACACCCUAAAACUGUAAAUGUUUCAUCUUUUUCCUUUUUUGCUUUGAGAUAAUGCUGAGUGAAACAUUGUCACAAUUUCCUUUUGACUGUUCUGAGAAGUGUUCGUAACAGUUAGGAUAAGGAAUUCGGCUUUGAGAUUCAAAGAAGCGAUUUCUAUGUAUAUAUGUAAAUAUAUUCUGUCAUUUAUCUUCAAAGAUUUUACAGUAUAUGUGGGAUGAAUGAUUGGUCUUUUGCUUCCAAAAUCCAUCUCUAUGGUUGGUGGUACUAUAUAAACUUUCAACAUGUCAGUCUUUCCUCAUCAUCUCAUCAGUGCAUCCACAAGGUUUGUAACAACAGCCAGUUUCUCAAGGAGGCACUUGGACUAUAUCUAUCGGACUACACUAACCAAUGCUUUUCACUGACACUCAUAUGUAAUGUUUACAGUCAGUUUAUGGCAAGCUAUUAAAUGGUUUAUGGUGAUCGUUUAGAUGUAGUUAAUUAUGAAAAUUGGCUGAUCUUAUAGCAGUAUUAUAUACAUAAGACAUACUUCAGAUAGAUGUGUUGAAAUUAAUGUUAUAGCAUUUAAUCGUACUUAAAAAAAUAAUAGACAGCUUGCAAUCGCUGGUUGAUCAGGUAUUUAAUGUUUGUGGCUAUCAGUAUGCUUGCCUUGACCAAAUUACUGUCUGUUACAAAAUUAUUGUGUGGUUUUGUAAAAUACUGUCUUCUGACAAAAGAGCGAAAGGGCAGAAUGUAGUGUCGAUGCAUGUUACAUAACCGAAGACUGCAAUAAUGUGCUCUGCCAGCAGAUGUCACUGUUUGAUAACAGACCCUUUUCAGUGUGAAGUCGAUUGUCCUCUAAGUUGUCUAAGAGGUGAAUGCUUAUAGACUGAUACACUUUUUAUAUGCUAUAGUGCAUUUUAUACUGAUGUGUUUGAACUGUAUACAUUAGUCUUCAGCAAAUGGAGGCACUGUAAUUUCACAACAGUGGAUAUUAUACAAUACUAAUUGAACUAAUGUACAAGAACUUCAGCGUCCCAUGUACUUAAGUCAAAUGUUGAUGUACUUUUACUUUUCUGAGCAUCUUAAAUUAUAAUUUUACUCAUGAUCAAA